AUGCAUCGACUACCGACAAUACUUGUUCUAUUUCUCAUACUUGUAAUAUAUCUAUUUGGUCAUACUGAAAGCGCUUCUUGUGGUGCAUACAAUCCAACAUUUUAUACCUGUUGUAACGGAGUGCUUACUUUCGGAUCCGGCAAGUCCUGCUGUGGUACAAAAGCCUAUGAUCCAACAUUUUACACCUGUUGUAACGGAGUGCUUACUUUCGGAUCCGGCAAGUCCUGCUGUGGUACAACAACCUAUGAUCCAACAUUUUACACCUGUUGUAACGGAGUGCUUACUUUCGGAUCCGGCAAGUCCUGCUGUGGUACAACAGCCUAUGAUCCGACAUUCUACACCUGCUGUAAUGGUGCUCUAACGUUUGGACGAGGUUUAGCCUGUGGAAAAUAG